GCCGCGGAGAGCAGCAACCUCGCCUCCAACCAUGGAGACGAGUUAGCCUGAUGUACGUGCGGGACAAGGUCAGGGUUUCUAUGAGAACUAUUCGCUGAACGGUGAAGCUUUAUCUUCCGAUGGAGUUCUUCGUCAGAUCACACAGCCUGCGAUAGAAUUCCUCCUCACGGGGGAAUGCCAGCUCCUGACCAGACCUCAGUGAUGGAGGAGGGGCUGAGCAUACGAGAAGGAGCCUCCGGCCACAGCAUGGAGCCCGACAGCACCGCCACCAACAUCCUGGCCUCCGUCAAAGAGCAGGAGCUCCAGUUUGAGCGGCUGACCAGGGAGCUGGAGGUGGAGCGGCAGAUCGUGGCCAGUCAGCUGGAGAGGUGCAGGCUGGGGGCGGAGUCUCCUGGUGCGGCCAGCGGCAGCUCGUCUGAGAAGUCCUACAACUGGAGGUCUGCAGAUGCCUCGACAGCGGGCGACACCAAAUCUCGGGUGACAGACAGCUCCCAGUCGCCCUCCUACCACCUCCGCAGUGACCCGGAGCAAGGGGCGCUGUGCUCUCCCGAGCAGACCUCGCUCCAUGAAAGUGAGGGGUCUGCUGGGAACUCCCGCAGCUCCACCCAGAUGAACUCGUACUCGGACAGCGGCUACCAGGACGCCAGCAGCUACUACAGCUGCCAGAACCUGGGCAAGAGCGAGCUGAGACUGCAGCACUCGUACCCGGGGCCGGGCGGUGGCUCCGCCCUCCUGAGGAGCACCCGGGCCGAGGGACAGACCUCCGUGCAGGUGCCGGCGGGUGCCCCGGCGGCAUCGGGCCGGGCGAUGCGGAGGGCGAGCUCGGUGCAGUCCCGCACGCAGUCCCCGGCGUACGGCAGCAGCGUGUCGCCCUCGCGGGGGUCGCUGCGCACCUCCCUGGGCAGCGCGUACGGCUCGCCCGUCGUCACGGAGCCCAAGCCCCUCCCCAGCGUCUUCUCCAACUCCACGCUGCCCCCCUCCCCGCGGGCCGGCUCGCCCUACUCCUCCGCCCACAAGGCCGGGUCGCCCGCCGCGCUGCGCCGCAUCGGCUCCGCCAACUCCCGCUCGGGCGGCGGGAGCCGCACCGCCUCGCCCUACCAGCUGCUGAGCGGCACGGGCCCCCCCGGACACCCGGGCUCACCCUCCUCCUCGCCCGCGCGCUCCGCCAUGACCGCCGUGCCCCAGCACUAUGGCUCCACCCUGCCCCGCGCCCCACGCCAUGACGCCGACCCCUACGCCUACGACGUGUAUGAGAGGAUGAUCCCGCCACGCCCCGACAGCCUCACAGACGCUCUGGUAGAUGAAAUGCAAGGUCUGCGGAGCUCCUACGCCAGCCAGCACAGCCAGCUGGGGCAGGGCUUGCGGUCGGCCAUCUCACCCGACCGCCACAUCACGCCCAUCUACGAGGACAGAACCUUCCAGAGCCCACUGUACCGCAGCCCUAACCACGGCACCAUAGACCUGAACCACGGCUCCCAGAGCGUCAUCUACAGGACCGCGUCAGGUAUCGGGAACCUCCAGAGAACCUCCAGCCAGCGCAGCACGAUGACCUACCAAAGAAGCAACUAUGCCCUGAACACAGCCGCCACCUACGCGGAGCCGUACCGCUCCGCCCACUACCGCCCCGCCGAGUCCAGCUACGCCCGGCAGGUGGUGACGGACGAUGGGGCCACCCGCUCGCCAUCCAUAGACAGCAUCCAGAAGGACCCAAGAGAGUUCGCCUGGCGGGACCCGGAGCUGCCGGAGGUCAUCCACAUGCUGCAGCACCAGUUCCCGUCCGUGCAGGCCAACGCUGCCGCCUACCUGCAGCACCUGUGCUUUGGGGAUAACGGAGUCAAGGCCGAGGUGUGCCGUCUGGGAGGGAUCAAGCACCUGGUGGACCUUUUGGACCACAAGGUUCUGGACGUGCAGCGCAAUGCCUGUGGGGCGCUGAGGAACCUGGUGUACGGGAAGGCCACGGACGACAACAAGAUCGCCGUGAGGAACGCGGGCGGAGUCCCCGCCCUGCUGCGGCUGCUGAGGAAGACUGUGGACGCCGAAGUCAGGGAGCUGGUGACCGGGGUGCUGUGGAACCUGUCCUCCUGCGACGCGGUGAAGAUGACAAUCGUCCGGGACGCCUUAAGCACGUUGACCAACACUGUGAUCAUCCCCCACUCCGGCUGGAGCACCUCGUCCUUCGACGACGACCACAAGCUCAAGUUCCACUCCUCCCUGGUGCUGCGAAACACCAGCGGCUGCCUGAGGAACCUGAGCUCGGCGGGAGAGGAGGCCAGGAAGCAGAUGCGCUGCUGUGAGGGGCUGGUGGACUCUCUGCUCUACGUCAUCAAGGCCUGCGUCAACACCUCCGACUUCGACAGCAAGAUUGUGGAGAACUGUAUCUGCACCCUGAGGAACCUGUCGUACCGGCUGGAGCUGGAGAUGCCGCAGUCCCGGCUACUGGGGGAGCUCGACGGGCUGCUGGCCAGCGAGUCACCCAGCAAGGAGGCCGACUCCAGCUGUUGGGGCAGGAAGAAGAAGAAGAAGAAGACCUCCCAGGAUGACCAGUGGGAUGGAGUGGGCCCCAUUCCGGGCUUCUCCAAAUCUCCCAAGGGGGCGGAGAUGCUGUGGCACCCGGCGGUGGUGAAGCCCUACCUCACGCUGCUGGCGGAGAGCUCCAACCCGGCCACCCUGGAGGGGUCGGCAGGGUCUCUGCAGAACCUCUCCGCCGGAAACUGGAAGUUUGCGGCCUACAUCCGCGCGGCGGUGCGCAAGGAAAAGGGCCUCCCCAUCCUCGUGGAGCUCCUCCGCAUGGACAACGACCGUGUGGUCUGCUCCGUCGCCACGGCGCUGAGGAACAUGGCCCUGGACGUCAGGAACAAGGAGCUCAUCGGGAAGUACGCCAUGCGGGACCUGGUGAACCGGCUGCCCGGGGGCAACACCACCCUGCUGUCGGACGAGACCGUGGCGGCCAUCUGCUGCACGCUGCACGAGGUCACCAGCAAGAACAUGGAGAACGCCAAGGCGCUGGCCGACACGGGCGGCAUCGAGAAGCUGGUCAACAUCACCAAGGGCCGGGGCGAGAGAUACUCGAUGAAGGUGGUGAAAGCGGCCGCCCAGGUUCUGAACACCCUGUGGCAGUACAGGGACCUGCGCACCAUCUAUAAAAAGGAUGGGUGGAACCAGAACCACUUCAUCACGCCCGUGUCCACGUUGGAGCGGGACAGGUACAAGUCCCAACCCACCCUGCCUAGCAGCACCUUACAGAUGUCACCUGUCAUCCAGUCAGCUGGUAGUGCGACUUCCUCUCCUGCAAUGCUGGGGAUAAAAGAACAUCGCUCGGAUUAUCAGAGAACACAGUCAUCUAUGCAAUAUUAUAACUACCAGGGAGACAACAAUGUACAUAAAAGUCAACACACAGGGUCUGGAAAGCCAUCACCAUUUUACAUAGGGUCCUACUCCUCACCAUCAAGAGAGAGGGAGUCUAAAAGAAUGCAGCAUCAGCAGCUGUACUAUGCCGACGAGCCCAGCAGGAGGAACUACGACACCUACAGAAUGUACCUGCAGUCUCCUCACGGCUACGAGGACCCCUACUACCAGGAAACGAUCCACUACCCCUCCACCGCGGACUACACCUCUCAGCCUCUGGGGCUCAAGUCCAACACCAACUACGUGGACUUUUACUCCACCACACGGAGGCCUUCCUACCGGGCGGAGCAGUACCCCGGGUCACCCGACUCUUGGGUGUAGCUGUCAAGAGACUCCGACCCGAAAGGAGACGAAAAAAACCCACAGACUCUUCCAUGAACUUUUUAUUUGUAUGUUUUUUUGUUUUUUAAAGUGAAUUUUGAAUGUUUGGUCGGAGAUUGUCGGAGGGAGAACCGGAAUGUGAGCCAAAGAAGGAGGUCAGGGAAAGUCGAUUUUUUUCGAAGGGCGAAUGGUGAGGUUGGGCAUGUUUGAUGGCGACACUGGACAAUUAUCGUGAGCGUCCUCUUGCUCUGUCUAGAUGUUAGUUUUUUUUCCCAUUUGAACCCGUAGCUGUGCUAGCAUGAAGAGGGUUUGGGGGUCAUGUGACGAAAGGUUUGCGGUAGAGGGUCAGGCAGGGAAAUGAGUUUAUAGGCCAAAACUGACGAAGCUUUCACAUUUGUUUAAAAAAGAAUCUAAUGUUAGUUUGUACAGAGGAAUCCUAACAUAUUCCUUUCAUGUUUUAUUGCUGUACUUACUAUUGAGAUUGUAUAUGCCAUGGAGUCUUGUAAAUGUCCUUAAUUUUAUUGUAAAUACAGAAAAAAUGUCACCCGGUCUACACUCAUUGCACUGGUAAAGUCUUGUGCUAUGUCAAAACUAUAUAGGUAUAUAAAUACAUGGAGAAAAUAAGGAGAGAAAUUAAAAAAAAAGAGAUGGCAUUGACAC